GCACAGAUAAGAUCUUCGCGGUUUUGAAAGGAACAAAAAUUUAAACGACCCAGAGGGUGCGUUCGCUUUGGACGCACCCUCUAGAGGUGCUCUCGGAAUUGGCGCUAAUUUAAAUUUAUGUUGACAAAGAAUACGAUGUGACAAGAUCGAUGAGCUUGAAAUUCGGAAAAGAUGAACAAAUUCAAGUAUUUUUAAAUUUACGAGCAAACGCGUGACGAUUUUGAUGCAGCAAGCAGAUGGAAAUUUCUAGUUUAGAAAUCUAACCUUUAAACAUUACAUAACCUACAAAAACAAACUAUUGUGCGUGUGAUUUCACGUUUUUCGAAAUAAAGACCAUAAAAUGGCAUUGAUUUUCCCAUAACUUUAUUUUAAAACAAAAUCGAAGCAACAUGACAAGGUGCGAAUUAGAUCAAAUAUUUUUGGGGGAAAUAGCAUCUGUUCAGAAUUAUGGAGCUUUUGUAAGAUUGCCUACUACUUCGCAACAAGGUUUAAUACACCGAUCACAGGUAAGCUCAGCUCAUGUCGACAAUGUUGCAGACGUUUUGCAAAGAGGUGAUCGUGUAUGGUGUAAGGUAAUUUCUGUGGCGGAAGAUGGAAAAAUAGGACUGUCGAUGAAAUAUGUGAAUCAAGGAAAUGGUACAGAUUUAGAUCCUAAUGGUGUGGAGCUACAAAAAGAUAUACAACGAAAAAAGAGUCUAGGUGUUACUCAACGGAAGACCAUACAACUGGAAGCGGUACUCAACACUACGUGCACAAAGUGUGGAACCCGAGGACAUAUGGCAAAAGAUUGCUUUAUGUCUCCUAAUGGGAAAAAGUACGAAUUAAUUCCAGAAAUUGAGGAAAAACCUGUACCUGAACUAAUCCAAGAAACCAAUAAAAAACCAGUGGAAAAGAAACACAAAUCAAAAAAGAAAAAGGCAAAGAAAACUAAGCAGUCUUUAGAUGAAAGCGAUACAGAAGAGAAAAAAAGUAGAAAGAAAAAGAAAAAGGAAAAGGAACGCAAGAAGCAGAGAAAAAAAUAUAGCAGCAGUUCAAGUGACUCCUCUAGUUCAUCAUCCAGCCGUGAUACAAAAGUUCGCAAACGUAAACACUCAGAAGAUUCUGAAAUUCGGACAAAAAAAUGUAAACAUUCUAAAACUAAACAUCACUCAAGUUAGAUAUUAAUUUAGUUUUGACAUAUUAUAUGACUCUUUUACACACACACAUGCGCUGCUUAUUAUGUAUAUAUGUGAACCUGUAAUCAUGA